CAAGCUCCUAAAAACGUCAUUGGGUGCGGUGAUUCGCAGCGUGGAUCGUUUACAGAGUCGGCAUUCGUCACCGCACUGCAUCAAAUCUGCACGCGCGCCGACCGCGGAACGGUUGAGAAGCCUCGAAGCAAGGGAGAGCAAUCCGCAACGAGUGGGCAAAGAGGGUUUUGAUGGUCAUUUGUCGUCGCAGGCAUAUAUGCAGCGCUCCCUCGCCCUCACGGCUGUGGUGUGUGCGCGAACAGCCCGCGCGCUCCUGCAGCGCCCGGCGCCGCUCCGACAUAGUGUGAAGAUGGCAUCGACGACGACGCUCUACGACCCGACGCCGUUCUACGCGGCGGCCCAGCCGCCGGAGACGAAGGACUUUUGCAUGCAGCAGACGAUGGUUCGGGUGAAGGACCCCGCGACGUCGCUCAAGUUUUACAUCGAGACGCUCGGCUUCCAGCUGGUCAUGUUCCGCGACUUCCCGCAGUGGGGCUUCUCGGUCUACUUCGUGGCGCACGGCCUGACGGGGCCGGUCCCCGCGGACGAGGACGCGCGCUGGGAUUUCUGCAUGCGGACGCCGGGCUGCAUCGAACUGACCUGGAACCACGGCUCGGAGAAGAGCGACGGCGCGGUCUACAACACGGGCAACGCCGACGCGACGGGCACGAAGGACGGCGAGGCCGUGAAGGGCGGGUUCGGCCACUUGGGCAUCACGGUGCCGGACGUCUACGAGGCCUGCGAGCGGUUCAAGAAGCUAGGCUGCACGUUCACGAAGACGCCGAACAGCGGAGGCAUGAAAGGCCUUGCGUUCGUGAAGGACCCGGACGGCUACUUGAUCGAGGUCCUGCCGCAGGGGCCCAUGAUCACGAAGCCCCUGGACUGCGACGGCGUCGCGGCCGAGGGCGGCGACGGGUACAAGGACAACUCCAAGGCGUGAGCGGACUAAGACUUCUUGGAAAUUCCACGCGCGGGCGCCGGG